CCCAGGAUGAUUCAAAGAUUGUGAUUACCAAGAAUUGGAAUAAAAAUUAAGCUAAAACCCAAGUUUUUCAACAUGGAACUUGAAAUACGUCUUAAUUGGGGAAAUGUCUAGAGACUUUUUUUGUGUCUUUAGAAAAUUAUAGAGGCUGUUGAAACACCACAUUUUCCCAACUAGCUAUGCGAUCACCUUAAAUUAAUGCAUUUUAUUAGGCAAUGGAAGGAAACCAAAACUUUUCUACAGGGUAGAUAUUUAGCAAAUAUUAGAUAAGUCUCUCUGAGCUAUUAAACAAUUAAGAUACAACUAUUCCCUUUAAAAUGUAUAUUCCAAAAAAGGACACAUAUACUCAAAUGCUUAUAAGAGAUAAAUUAAUGUAAUAAAAAAAUGGCCCACGCGAUUCCACCCUGGUGCUGCAGUUUGUAAAAGAAGAAAAAAUGCCUGUUCAAUUGGUUUGAUCAUGAUAUUCUUCAUGGGUCAGGGAAGUUUUAAGUGGUUAUAAAAUGGGGUAAAUUGGCUUUAGAAGAGUUUAGAAAUGAUGUGGAUUACUUAUAGACAGGACAAAAUGAACAUGUUUGUUUAUUAAAAAAUGCUAUUGGAAGCAGGAAAUAUUCAGUUUGGCUAAAAUAUAUAAGCACUAUAGGAGAAGAUAGAAGCUUAGGCACAUUACAUGCUGGAGAACAAGCAAGUACUUAUAAACUGUAAGAGUCAAAAUGAGAAUACCAGCCUUGCUCAUGGGAACAAAUGAGUUCCAAUGAAUAAAAUUAUUUGGAGUGCUUUUCCAUGCAAGCUAUCUGCUAUAACUUCCUGCUUCCUUGCACUUUCAGCCCUGACAUGACUCAAGGAAGACAUUUAAUUAAAUGCUGAUGGUCUUUGAUCCUUUUAUAAAACAUCUGCAAAUUUCCCUUUCAAUAGCUUGUUCUUGGCAACAGAAGUUCCCUAGAGACCAGUCCCCUCAAGUCUACAACACCAGAAAUACUAAGGUGAAGAGGGUGUUAUCAUUAAUAAAAAACCCUGGAAUUCUUGGGAACACAGGAAUCUGUAAUGAAUUUUUCUAAUCAACACUUUACAGUUACAUGUUUACAAAGUGUAUUGUUAGGUCUCUGUAAUACUUAAAACCUGUGUUGAAAAAAUUAUUUCUACUGAAGUAAAAGUUGCCCCUAUGGCGAAACCAAGGACCACACUCAAUCAAUCAGUGGUACAAUGUGUACCACAGUAGUACAAAAUGUAUUCCUAUUCUCGAAAACGGCUGAAAGAAUAAAUAAAACCAAGUAGUUUAUAGUAGAGUGUAUGGGGGUUUCCACAAUUGCUACUUACGGUUUGGAGCCACAUGAUGUCGCUCUUUACCACAAAAUACAUGAGAGAAGAAGGCAGAAGGGAAAAUUCCUUCUAUUCUUACUGGAAGGAACCAUAUGCACUCUUCGGAGUCUGAAAUAUGGAGGAUGCAGCUGCACUUGACCGACCGAUUAAAAGAUUUCCCUUGACUUUGAGAAACGAUAUUUAAUCAGAACAAAAUACUGUGCACUAAAGAUGGAGCUUUCCUGGGGAAGCGGCCAGGAAUCUCGGCGUCUGCUGCUCUUGCUGCUUCUUCUCGCAGCCUGGGAGGCAGGGAACGGUCAGCUCCACUACUCGGUCUCCGAGGAGGCUAAACACGGCACCUUCGUGGGCCGAAUCGCGCAGGACCUGGGGCUGGAGCUGGCGGAGCUGGUGCCGCGCCUGUUCCGGGUGGCGUCCAAGGGCCGCGGAGGCCUUCUGGAGGUAAAUCUGCAGAAUGGCAUUUUGUUUGUGAAUUCUCGGAUCGACCGGGAGGAGCUGUGCCGGCGGAGCGCGGAAUGCAGCAUCCACCUGGAGGUGAUCGUGGACAGACCGCUGCAGGUUUUCCAUGUGGACGUGGAAGUGAGGGACAUUAACGAUAACCCGCCGGUGUUCCCAGCAACACAAAAGAACCUGUCUAUCGCGGAAUCCAGGCCGCUUGACUCUCGGUUUCCACUAGAGGGCGCCUCGGAUGCAGACAUUGGGGAGAACGCCCUGCUCACUUACAGACUGAGCCCAAAUGAAUACUUUUCUCUGGAAAAACCAUCUGAUGACGAGCUGGUAAAAGGUCUUGGGCUUAUAUUACGGAAAUCUUUAGACAGAGAAGAAGCUCCGAAGGUUUUUUUAGUGCUCACAGCCACUGAUGGAGGCAAACCCGAGUUGACUGGCACCGUUCAGUUACUCAUCACAGUACUGGAUGCCAAUGACAAUGCCCCAGCUUUUGACAGAACCAUUUAUAAGGUGAAAUUACCAGAAAAUGUUCCUAAUGGAACAUUGGUAAUUAAACUUAACGCCUCAGAUUUAGACGAAGGAUUGAAUGGGGACAUUGUUUAUUCAUUCUCAAAUGAUAUUUCGCCAAAUGUGAAAUCCAAGUUUCACAUAGAUCCAAUUACUGGACAAAUUAUUGUAAAGGGAUAUAUUGACUUUGAAGAAAGCAAAUCCUAUGAAAUUAUUGUAGAGGGCAUUGAUAAGGGACAGCUCCCACUUUCUGGCCAUUGUAGAGUUAUUGUGGAAGUAGAAGACAACAAUGAUAAUGUCCCAGAUUUGGAAUUCAAGUCUUUAUCACUUCCAAUUAGAGAGGACGCUCCACUGGGUACAGUCAUCGCCCUGAUUAGCGUGUCCGACAAAGACAUGGGUGUCAAUGGGCUGGUCACCUGCUCCUUGACGUCCCACGUCCCCUUCAAGCUGGUGUCCACCUUCAAGAAUUACUUCUCGUUGGUGCUGGACAGUGCCCUGGACCGCGAGAAAGUGUCAGCCUAUGAGCUGGUGGUGACCGCGCAGGACGGGGGCUCGCCUUCGCUGUGGGCCACGGCCAGUAUUUCUGUGGAGGUGGCUGAUGUGAACGACAACGCUCCGGCGUUCGCGCGGCUCGAGUACACAGUGUUUGUGAAGGAGAACAACCCGCCGGGCUGCCACAUCUUCACGGUGUCUGCGUGGGACGCGGACGUGCAGGAGAACGCGCUGGUGUCCUACUCGCUGGUGGAGCGGCGGGUAGGGGAGCGUGCGCUGUCGAGCUACCUGUCGGUGCACGCGGAGAGCGGCAAGGUGUACGCGCUGCAGCCGCUGGACCACGAGGAGCUGGAGCUGCUGCAUUUUCAGGUGAGCGCGCGCGACGCGGGCGUGCCGCCUCUGGGCAGCAACGUGACGCUGCAGGUGUUCGUGCUGGGAAACGCGCCAGCACUGCUAGCGCCUCGGGCGGGUGGCACUGGUGGCGCAGUGAGCGAGCUGGUGCCGCGGUCUGUGGGUGUGGGCCACGUGGUGGCAAAGGUGCGCGCGGUGGAUGCCGACUCGGGCUACAACGCGUGGCUUUCGUACGAGCUGCAGCCGGGGACUGGUGGCGCGCGCAUCCCGUUCCGCGUGGGGCUGUACACGGGCGAGAUCAGUACAACGCGUGCCCUGGACGAAACGGACGCUCCGCGCCACCGCCUACUGGUACUGGUGAAGGACCACGGCGAGCCCGCGCUGACGGCCACGGCCACUGUGCUGCUGUCACUUGUGGAGAGUGGACAGGCGCCAAAGGCCUCCUCACGGGGGUUGGCGGUCGCUGUGGGUCCCGAGGCUGCGCUGGUGGAUGUCAACGUAUACCUGAUCAUUGCCAUCUGCGCGGUGUCCAGCCUUUUGGUGCUCACGCUGCUGCUGUACACCGCGCUGCGGUGCUCGGCGCCGCCCACCGAGGGCGCGUGCGCUCUGGGCAAGCCCACGCUGGUGUGCUCCAGCGCGGUGGGGAGCUGGUCAUACUCGCAGCAGAGGAGGCCGGGGGUGUGCUCUGGUGAGGGCCCACCCAAGACCGACCUCAUGGCCUUCAGCCCCUGUUUACCUGACUCUAGGGACAGAGAAGAUCAGCUGCAGACAACUGAGGAAUCCUUUGCAAAGGUUAGUGUAUAA